AAAAUAUACAAAACAAUUAAACACAAAGCAUUAAUGUCGUAUUGUUAUACCAUAUACACACGCAUUGCACAACAAUACAAAGCACAUUAAAUAUCUACUUGCUGAAGCGGUUUUUAUUUUAGCCGACAAGUUGUUCAGUUGCAAUAAUAUUAUUAAUUGUUUAAGGGCUGGACAAGAUCUUCCAUGUGUGCAGAUCGGCUGUGUGGUCUUGCCCUGCUUUACUGUCACAGAGAUGAGAUUGAUCUCUCCACGACAGACAUGUUGCAGAAAUGUGAUGACAGUGGUCACAGGAAGAUUGGCAAACUACUUUAAAAUGAGCUGCACGUGAUGCUGUGUAAACAAGCCAAUCGGAGCAGUGCAUUUCCUGAAGGAGAACACGUAUAUUCCUGUAUAUCGCUGCUGUCACAACCCUGUACAAAACCACACAGUCCGUAUUAUAUUGCAGAGUCAGAACCGCAGUACUCACAAGUCUAUAAUAGUGUCGUAUUUAGAAAAAAUCAAAACAAAAAAAAAACAACACACUGUUAACUAACCGUUUGUAUUUAAACAAACUGCAUAUAACAAUCUGCUGAUAUCCUCUUUGUGUCGUUAUAAACCUCGGGGGGAGAGGGUGGGCGCGGCGCAGGUCUCGGCUGUGCUUGCAGAUUAUUCUUGGCUAGCUCCGUCCUGACUCAGUUAUGAACGAUGUUGCAAUUCGGGGAGGAGUUCAGUUGUUUGGUUUCCGCGCUCGGGCGCGCCCUUCCUGUCAGCGCACAUCUGCAGAGAGGAAGUUCAUUUCUAGCUGCGCAAUGCGGUCGAGUGGACAAAACAACGAGGGAAAUGAAGAUGAGAUUCCUGGGGAGGACCUGUCUCAUUGUCUUGAGUUUGCUACCAGCUGUUUCUACACAAGGACGAUGGCGUGUUGUUGGCUCUGAUCAGCCUGUCAUUGCUGAGCCUGGUGAAGAUGUCAUCCUGCCCUGUCACAUUUCACCCAGAGUCAGUGCUGUGGACAUGGAAGUGAGGUGGUACAGGGACAGAUUCGACACGCCUGUUCAUUUAUAUCUAAACAAAAAGGAUCAGCCAAGAGGACAGGACAUACCUUACCGGGGCCGCACUGCUCUCCCUCCCUCUGCACUGCAGACAGGCGAUAUCUCUCUGCAUCUGAGAAACCUCCAGCCCGCUGACACAGGCGUCUAUACCUGCUUAGCUGAUGAUGGAAGCUGGAAUGAAGAAGGACAGACUGAAGUGAUAGUUACAGCUCUGGGCACCCAGCCCUCAAUAUCUAUGGACUCUACACAAGGAGAGCAGACCCGGCUGGUGUGCAGAUCAGAGGGGUGGUACCCUGAACCUGAAGUGAUCUGGAGAGACAGGGAUGGAAACAAUGUGACGUCACUGUCCAGCCCAACAGUGCAGAGGGACAGUCAGGGGCUCCUCAGUGUCAGCAGCUACAUCAAAAUCAAACAGCAGUCCAACAUGUUCUCCUGUCUGGUUAGAAGUAAAAUACCCAAACCAGACUGGGAAUCCAAACUCCACAUAUCCAGUGAUUUUUUCCCAGGAGUCUCUGGAUGGAUGGUGGCUUUCUUCUUGACUUUAGCUCUCAGUAUUGCAGCCAUUCCUCUGCUGGUGUUCCAAUGGAGAAGAAUGGAUGUCAUGGAGAGAAAGCUUGAGCCUAUGGCUGCUCAGCGCCUUCGUGAGGAACUUGAGUCUGUAAAGCGAGAGGUCCUUAAAUCAGAAUGGAAGUGGAUCCUCAGCUCAGCAGUUGAUGUGACUCUGGACCCUGAUACAGCACACCGCCGGCUCAUCCUGUCUGCGGAGGGGAAACGAGUGAGACUGGGAGAGGCAUGGCAGGAUCUCCCUGCCAAUCCAGAGAGAUUUGAUUACUGGGAGUGUGUGCUGGGCAGGGAGGGGUACACCUCGGGGAGACGCUACUGGCAGGUGCAGGUGGGGGGGAAUAGAGACUGGAGAUUAGGAGUCAGCAGAGAGUCUGCCCGGAGGAAGGGGGAUUUCAGCAUGAUCCCCCAGCAGGGUUACUGGACUGUGGAGUGGAAUGGAUAUAGAGAUGCGUUCACUGCUCUCACUGACCCCCAGACACCCCUCCCCCGGAGCCUGAAGCCCCAGAAGCUGGGGGUGUAUCUGGAUUAUGAGGAAGGGCAGCUCUCCUUUUACAAUGUGGAGACCAGAUCUCACAUCUACACUUUCACUGACAUGAAGUUCAAUCCCAAUGAGAAACUCUAUCCAUUCUUCUAUAUUGAGGACUGGAAUACAGAGCUUGUGCUGGAGUCCCCUGACCCUGACCCUGUCAGCGCUACAGAUUAAACACACAUUGCUGUCUGAACCAGGAAACUAUUCAAACAGCUCAGACAAUCUCCUCUUCACUUUCACUGACACUCUCUCUGCACUCUUCGGGGCUGAUGAGAAGAAAUCCUCUCUCUUCCACCCUCUUACCCUGAGCCCCUCCUCUUUAUUUCUCAACACCCCCUUUCCUACUCUCCCUUCCUGUCUCCCUCUCUCUUUCCCCUCCACCUCUCCAUCUCCAGAUCCCUCUUUCUCUCCUCUUCUGCUCUCCUCUCUCUUUCUCUUUCUCUUCCCUCUUAUAUAAUAAUCCCCUCCCUCUCUUUUUCUGUCUCUUCCCUCUUAUAUAAUAAUCCCCUCCCUCUCUUUUUCUCUCCCCUCCCUCUC